AUGUCAAUCGAAGACGUUACCGAUUUGCCCGAGGAGCAGCAGGUUGCCGACGACGCCUCCUCCGUCUCCGGAGACGAGGAGAUCCCCGCCGGUGCCUCCGUCUCGGUCUACUCCCGUGGUGAGAAGAAGGCCCGCAAGGCCGUCCUCAAGCUCGGACUGAAGCCCGUCCCUGGCAUCACCCGCGUCACCCUCCGCCGCUCCAAGAACAUCCUCUUCGUCGUCUCGAACCCCGAAGUCUUCCGAUCGGUUUCUUCCGGCUGCUACAUCGUCUUUGGCGAGGCCAAGAUCGAGGACCUCAGCCAGCAGGCCAACCUCGCCCAACAACUCCAGGCUGCCAGCGCCGCCGACGCCACCGCUGAGGCCGAGACCACCGAGGCUCCCGAGGACAAGGGCAAGGGAAAGGAGAAGGCUGAGGAGGCUCCUGUCGAGGCUGAGCCCGAGGAGGAGGGUGAGGUCGACGAGACCGGACUGUUGGAGAAGGAUAUUCAGAUUGUCAUGGCUCAGGCUGCCGUCUCACGGGCAAAAGCCGUCCAGGCUUUGAAGAAGAACGACUCUGACAUAGUCAACAGGUGCGUUCAAUUGCAUUCGAUUUACAAUAUGAUGAAUUGGUUCAAUCAGGUGCUAACUACUUUUCUUUUCUUCUCUAGUAUCAUGGAGCUCACCAGCUAA